AUGUUUUCAUUUCUAAGAAAAACUAAAAUUAAAAAAUCCGAACCCAUUAUUAAUGAAAAUAAAGAAAAUAAUGCAUAUGAUUAUUCAUUAUCUAUUGUAUCACCGAACACACAUGACACAAAUCUCACAAAUGAUAACAUUCAUGUUGAUGUGACUCAAAAUCCAUCAGAUAAAUCCUUAAUUUUAUAUGAUUCAAAUGAAGCAAGUCCCUGUGAUCUAUCUAGUUCAUCACAUCCACAUAAAAGCUGUCUUACACAUACAAUAGGUACAAUAAUACCGAGUCAAAUUGGUAGAAGUGAUCUAAAUCGAAUAUUGACAUCUGGUUAUUUGAAUGGUGAAGAAAAUAUGGGUUAUAUGAAAAGAGGUGGUGGUGAUCAUAUAGCUUCAUUUACAAAAUCACCACAAUUUCAUCGUCCAGUCGGUUUUUCAUAUAAUCGAACACAAACAUUUACAGUACCUGGUACUAAAAAAGGAAUGAAAGCUUUACUGACUGGACAAACAAAAAUUCGUAAAAUUCAUUGUUCUACAUCACCAUCUGUAUCAACAAUGAAUGAAAAUGAAUUAAAAAUUGAACAAGAACCUAUUGUUCUUUCUCGAUAUUCAGGUGGUUUUAUUCCUGAUCCAACAGCACCAAAAAAAAUUGAAUCACUUGAUUGGCCAGCACCAAUUGCAAUUCAAGCUGUACCUGAAUUAAUGAAAUCUUAUCGAAGUCGAAGUGAAUCUUAUUCAAAUCCAAAUGAAAUCAUACAUAAAAUUUCGAAUACAAAUGAUCAACAAAUUCCAAAUGAUAAUUUCGAUUCUAAUAAUAAUAAUAAUAAUAAUAAUAAUAAUAAUGAGGAUAAUAAUGAAUUGCGUCAUGAUGAAAAAUUAGAAAAAGAUAUUAAUGUUAUGUCAAAAAUAAAAGAUACAUCUGGUAUGGCUCAUGCAUUACUUGAAGAUUUACGUCUACAAGAAAAGAUCAUUUCAAAACAAUUACCACUUGACCCAUGGAAAGCAUCACGUUCACCAUCAGCAGCUAUUGAACCACCACGACGUUGUCGUUUUGAUUCACCUAAAUUUGCUUCACCAUCAAGACGUGUUCAUACACAUUCAUCAUCUAUAACUAAUCAUGAUGAUAGUCUUACUGGUUUAUCAACAUCAAUAUCAACAACACCAGCAGGUGGAAAACAUAUAACUCUACCAAGAUAUCAGCAACAUAAUGAAAUAUUAGUUUUUCGACAUGAUGAUAAUAUUGUACCAUCAUCACUUAAAACUCAAACAUUAUCUAAUCAUCUUGAUAUACAAAGACAUUGUGAUAUAGAUUCAACAACAAAUUCAUGUUAUUCAAAUGAUAGAGAUCACGAUAAAUUAGUAAAGAGAAUUGAUAUUGAUGGUCGAUAUACACAUUCAACUCAUUCUGCUCCAGCUUUAAUGAGUAAUCCAAAGAUUUAUUUAUAUGAAGAAUUAAAAGUUUUAUCGAAAAAACGAUUACCAUCAAAUGUUGAUCGAGAUCAUCUUGAACGUCAUCUAUCGAAUGAUGAAUUUCAUACAUUAUUUCAAAUGACACGAUCAGAAUUCUAUAGCUUACCUGAAUGGCGACGUAUUGAUCUGAAGAAACGUUUGAAACUUUUUUAA